AUGUACGACGAAAAAGUAGAUAUUUUAAAUCAGUAUCAAUUUAUUUCUGAUAAACUUCGAAAAAAAAAAAUAUUAAAAAAACCUAACGUAGCUGAAGCUUCUCAACAAUUUGAAAAUUUAGGAAAAUUUUGUGAAAGAGAAGAUUUGCCUGAAUAUGCUGGGUUAAAUUAUGAAUCUGCUGCUAAAUGUCAAAAUUCUCUUGGAAACCAUUCGGAAGAAGCUUUUCUCUAUUUAAAAUCUAGCAAACAAUUCAUGACGAGCUAUUUAAAACAAAAAAAUAAUCAAUUAGUAUUAAAUAAUUCUUAUUUAAAUCAUAGUUUAAUUUCUUACAAAAAUUGUUUGGAAAGAUUGGAACAGAAUAACGAAUGCAGUAAUUUGGUAAACAACAUGAUAAUGGGGGGAAUAACAUUAAAAAUGGGUCAUGAUUUACAAGAGAAAAUUGAAGCUGUGGAAGAAAGUUGUCAUGAAUACAAAAAAGCUGUUCAAUUAUUUUCUAAUUCUCCUGUGGAGAAAAUUCAAUGUCUCAACAAGCUUGUAUCUUCCAAAAUUAAUUCAGGUGAUUUUAGUGAAGCAUUAAAAUUAGUUGAAGAUAUAAUAAGCAUAGCUCAAACGAUUCCAGCAAACAGUUUUAAGGAAAAUUGUUUGUGUGAAGCGGAAAUCACGAGAAUUUUUUUACUUUUAAUUUUACAACCAACUCCUCAGCAAAUAUCUCCUGCUGCAGCUUCAGCUUUAGAAAAAUAUGCAUGGUUAGAAACAUCCAGUACUAAUGAAAUAAUUGAUCUUCAAACCACUUUAAAAAAUUAUAAUUUAACCAUGAUAAGCGAAGAUUUAUUUUUAAAUCUUCAAUCGUUAGUUAUGGCAUGUCAAUACGGAGAAGAGGAAGUAGUUAAAGGUAUUGAAAUCGAUUUGACGCCUUACUUAAAUUUUGAACAAAAAAUGCUUUUGUCAAUAUUAGUUAAAAGAUAUGGAAAUAAAAAUUAA